AGUGGUAGAGUGAAUUUAGAAAUGAUCAAACGAGACACGCAAUCCAAUCUGGGUCAUGCUAGAAAACAAUUUUAAGACACUCAAGGUCAAGGCCGGGCAAGUCGAUGAAUUUACCGUGACCGGCUACGUGAUGGACGUUACCGACGAGAAUGACACUCAGGUACUCGACAUCGAAAUGAACGAUCCGGGCCAUUCGUUGACGUCCAACACGCUUGCGCACGCUUUAAACAGGAAACUGUCGAGCAACUGGAAUCAUACCAAGUUGGCCGGUUCGAGUACCGCGGACAGAACUGGUAGAAACAGUGCGGCGGAAAGCGCUCAAGAUUCUACAAAUCCGUCUAAAGUUACAAAAUUGUUCAAGAGCGUUAAGAACCGCAUGAGGUCUACUAAGGCGCCCGCUGAGAUUCCAAGCGUUCCGGAUGCAAACGCGGAAGCGGCCAAUGACAGUAUUUGGAAACGUUGGACGCUUCCCAUGCGCCACACAGACUCUUCUUCUAACGCUGCUGCCACGUCACAACAGGACUCUGAUAGCGACACGGCAAAGGGUUGGUGGAAGCGCGUGUGGCCGACCAAAUAG